AUUGAUUGAUUGAUUGGUUGAUAUGCAGGUACUUGGUAAGGUUCAAAGCAAGAAAUGGGAGACGAUUAUUAAACAUGCUGAAACAUGUAUUUUAGAUGACAAGAAAUACGUUUAUCGGAGUGCACAAGGAACGGGGUUGUUGUUCAACUCCAUCUACAAGGUUAUUGGUGUCACUUUCGAUGCUCACAAUUUCCUUUUGACCGAUAAUCUCAACGUGUAUCAAAAGAGAAUGGUGGAAGAUCUGAAGCAGCACGCUUAUAAAAACUCAAACGAAAUUGAGAUUUUUGACCCGAUACCAAUUACAACUUACCCUAUGCUUUUCGGCAAUGCAAAUUUCCAUGUCGAACAAGAUCAAUUAGGACUGCAGAUGAACCCUAUUCAUACAACAACUUCAUCGACUCGUAGUUCGUUUGAGUUGGGUGAGAGUUCGCAAAUGCAAGGGCUAAGUCCAACGUUUACAAACAGUAAUAAUUUUGGGAUGAGUAUUGAUUCUCCUAGAGGAUUCUUCGUCGAAGAACACACUAAUUGGGAAGCUUCCGGAGGCAACUACUACACGGAAUCUCAACUAUCAACUAAGGAGCUCGAUUUCACCGUCCAUAACAAUUUUAAGGUAAUAGACUCUAUCACCAUGGAAUUCCGGGCAAUCAUCAAAUUAUUUUUUUAA